AGCAGUUAACAGUGUGCGCUUUCUUGAUAAAUGGGCUCUAAUUUAUAAGAGCUGCUUUUGGUUUGAAAGACAAAGACAAGGAACCUUAGCUUAAGAUAAAGAUCAUUCUAAGGAAGAAAUCUACCACCAUGUUCAAAUUUUCGGCAGCUGUAAUUGUAUUGGCAUCUCUGAUUCAGAUCUCCUCUUCACAAUCUCCUCUACCACCUCUUCCUUCGGCUCCCCCGACUUUCGACUCCACCGCCGGACCUCCCGUCCUCGACUCUCUUCCUCCUACAGGACCUUCUUCAUUCGACUCCCUCCCACCAACGGAUCCCCCGCAGUUCGAUUCUCCGACACCCACGGCUCCCCCUCAACUUGAUCCUUUAGCACUUAGGGAACCACCUCAGUUCGACCCACUAUCAACAAGCGAAAUUCCACAGCUUGAUCGUUUGCAACCGACGGAUCCACCUCCAUUCGACUCACUGACCCCAACAGCGCCUCCUCAGAUCGAUCGUUUGCCACCGACGGAUCCACCUCGAUUCGACUCACUGCCCCCAACAGCGCCUCCUCAGAUCGAUCGUUUGCCACCCACGGAGCCACCUGGAUUCGACUCACUACCUCCAACGGCGCCUCCUCAGUUCGACUCUUUACCGUCUAGGAGAUCCCUUCAAUUAGACCCUCUACCACCAACGGAACCCCCGACAUUCGUUGAUUCCUUAGAACCCACAGACCCCCGUCAAUUUGACUCCCUAACGCCUUCAGGACUUGCUCCUUUCGACUCUCCACUUCCGACAAGACCUCGUAUCCUAAACUCUCCUCUACCCUCUGUGGUUCCUACAUCUCUCGAUUCCGCUCCCCCUGCCGUACCUUCAUCCUUAGACAAUUAUGGCGGGAAUGUUUCCAAUUACAGUAUCAUGUACACCAAAAACCUACAGGACAUAAUGCAGAGGUUCAAGAUCUCAGUAGCGGAGAUGGAGUCGAUGCUGGAUGCUUACAUAAGUGGUGGAAAUCCAACAAUAACAAAGACCGUGUAUAACCCUGAUACUGGUACAAACGAGACCGUGACACUUGAUUUCAAGAGCAUUGCUGAAGGUGACGGUUUUCCAUCUGACGCCCUACAGAGACCGAUAUCGUCUGCUCGAUCCGAACUUCCACGAACUACUGAUGAUGUCCUGAAUGCUGGUCCUGGUACUUUGAACACAAUACAACCCACACAAACAAUUCCAGACACAGGUUCUUCACCGAUGUCUGAUUUUCUGAGGAAUCCUACACCUGUAGUGGGGAACGCUAAUUCACCUGAAUCAAGAGAUCUCGAUCUUACUGCGUUCAGAGAACAAGAAGCAAAGCUUAUCGAUGACCUAAAACUACUGAUGCGUCGCCGAGAGGCCUUAGAUCAAAGUUUUUCCAGAGGGGAGUUAACUGACGAGAAUUACCGAAUUUCCUUGGAAAACACUGAUAUACAAAUACGUGAUAAUUACGCAGUUUUAAAGCAAAUUCAGGACGCCAUCCGUGAUUAUCUGGGAAUUGGAGCCCCAAGAGCGUUUAGUCAACAACCGCCAGUGGUUAUACCAGAAGCUUCACCAAUAUCGAAUUUUAUGGGUCCGGACGGUUCAAGUGGAGGCCAACCUUUGACACCAGAUGAAGAAUUGGUUUUUAUUCAGUCAGAAAUCGAAAGGUUAAAACAAGCUAAUGCUGGACUCUUGGAGAGACUUCAAAGUCUACAGAUGCCAAAUAUUGACUCUGCUGUUCCUUCCGAUAUUAAUGAAAUGCCACUCAAUCCAACAGUACGUGGGUCAAGCAUGGAUGCUAUGAAUUUUAUGGAUUCCUUUGAUGGAGCAACCCCGUCCCCAUCACCUCUACCAUCCGUUUCUGGUGUAGACUCUAUUCCUGGACUUCCAGGUGAAAUCCCAGGCACUGGUUUUCCAAACACACCGAGUGAUCCAAUCCCUGGUAAUCAAAUGGGAGGAGUCAUACCAGGUGACGAUAGCAAUGUUAUUCCAAGAACUCAGAUUCGUAAUGACAUUGAAAAUCUGUUGAAUGAGUACAAUCGAUUGAGCCAAAGGGAAGAUGCAAUUCUGAGUAUUCUUAAUCAGAAUGGCCAAGCGCCUGAUACUUUACCACAAGACAUCACAGGACAAACACCCGGCGCCACAAGACCUGUUGGUGAUUUCAGGACAGAAAUGGGAAGACCACUUGAUAAUCAAAAUGAAAUGAUUCCUAUUGCAAGAAGAGCAUCAGAUCGUAUAGCGCCCCAAGGAACACUGCCAAGUGAAAUUGAUAUGAAUGUUAUAGGAUCUCAAGACCCAACAGUGGAGCUGAAUUCCUUUCCAGAAAUUAUGCCUCCAGUCCAGGGCACUGGUUUUCCACAAACGUCUAGGGAUCCAGUCGACAAUGCUCGAAUGGACGAAGUUAUUCCUACUGAGGAAAGAAACAUUAUCUCAAGAGCACAGAUUCGUAAUGAUAUCGAAAACCUUUUGAAUGCGUAUAACAGAUUAAGCCAAAGAGAAGAGGAAAUUAUACGCACUCUAAAUCAAAAUGAACAAGACAUGGUAGGACAAGCAGGAGCUACAACACAACCUGUUGAUGAUUUUCAGGGAGGGGUAAACAUGGCUACUGAAAACCGCAUGCAAAUGCCUCUAGAUAAUAUAAAUGACAUGCUUCCUCUUGAUUCACCAGGGAGUGCAAGAAGAGAUUUGGAUCGUAUUGCGACCCCAAUGACAUUGUCGAUUGAUCCUGAAUUGGCUUUAGCUGGAUCUCAAAUCCCACCAGUUACACCAAGAGGAACGGAAAUUAUGAGACCAGGAUUCCCCGAAACAAUGGAUAUAUUAACAGAAAACACGGGACCUCAAUCCCAAAUCUUCGAUAGAUCAAAUAUUGUAGAUGAUGUCGGUGAUCGCCUGCCUGUCUUGGACUCUGACGUCAGCAGAAUAGGAGACCCGUUUUUGAGUCAAAGGGGUCCUACCCAGACAGUGGAUGAAGUCUCAGUCACGAGAACCGAUCGUGUGCGACCAAUUGUGAACCGAGGAGGAGAUGUCUUAUCCGAUUCACAACCCUCAAGUGGAAGUUCACAGGGUGAAAAUCUAAUUUAUAACGACGGUUUCAUAUCCAUGUCUCCCGUUCAACCCGUUGGUUCUCUGGAGGGCGAUAGGUCUGUACCUAUAGGACCGGCGGUUCCUAUCAGUGGGUUUUCUUCUGAAGCUUCCGGUCUCCUGUCACCACGAGACGAUACUACGUCACUUCAAAGCAGACAGGUUCGAUUCUUUAGGCGAAGACCGUUAGACAGGGGCACAACAAGUAGAUUUCUCCUUCAAAAUGGCGGACAGCUUCGUUAUUUGGGUGGAAGAACAACAUUAAGACAGCCUAUACGGUUAAUAUAAUACAUGCGAUGUCGUCUCAAUCUAUGAUGGUCGUUAAAUUAGCUGAGAUUACGGUAUUCAAUUUAUGUGUUUCAUAGAAUGUUCUCAUAAAGAAUCAGACAAAACGUCGUGUACAAGAAAGACAUAAGCACCAAAAAUUUUUAUAUACUUGUAUGAGAUAAAAUUAGAAGAAAAAAUUGUUUCAUAGUUAUAUUUUAAAAAACUAAUAUAAUUAAAUGUUAGUGAAGUUACUCCUUAUACUGUUGAGCAUUAUCACUGAAAGCAAGUAUCUCAGGAUGGGGACAUUUCUUCCAUAGGCAAGGAUAAAGAUAGAAGUGGAUUUAAAAUUAGGAUAAGUAUGACAAAUCGAAGAAAUAAAUAGAGUCAGAUUGGGAAUGAGUUAUUGGACAUUUACGAGUAGCGCUGACUUUUACAGUUUACAGCUUACUUUUAUACUCGAACAAUGUACGGAAGCUCUUUUACGAUAUACGUAUUGAUCUAAACAUUUAAUUCAACCAAUUAACAAAUUAUUUCAAAGCGUAAAUUGGUUGUCCUUAAAGAAAACGACAACCACGCUACCCUCAGCUCCCGGUCUUCACAUGUUAGUGCCCCUAACAACAUUAGAGGCACUACCUAUGACCACUAUAAAGGCGUUCUUAUCUAUUAUCAAUUCUGUACCUCAAUACAUGAUGCUGGUUUAAAAGUAAACCGUCAACUAUGAAAGUCGGUUCUUCUCGUAAAAGUCCAAUAUUAGAAAGAGUGAGAAUAACAUAAUGGCUAUGACUAAAAUAAUUUCCUUGGUGACAACUCCAUAGUCAUUUUUGACUUCAAUGUAUUGUUUUUUUUUUCCUUUUUUGCAGUUAGGCGCUAGAACCGCUGUAUUUUAAAUAUUGUUAUAAAUCAACGUGGAUUUCUUUAUGUCUUGUGAAAUAAAUUAAAUCCAAACAAGAA